AGCUCAACUCAAACAUUUUGUUUCAUCUUUCCAGCUUCCAAUUUCACCUCAUUUACAAAUUUGCAGAUUAUUAUUUGGGCAUAUUAGCAAACAGAGAAUCAAAUCAAGAGGUAAAAUAUGGCCUUAGAGCAGCUUUUCCAAGAGCAAGUAGCAGAAACUACCUUUGGUGAACGCGAUAUUCCCAUGGAGAAAUGGAAGACAGUUGAUGAUAAGCAAGAAGACAAUCUGUCUGGAGGUUUUGAGUGCAACAUUUGCCUGGAUCUUGUACAUGAUCCUAUUGUUACAUUAUGUGGUCACCUCUAUUGCUGGCCUUGCAUCUACAAAUGGAUACAUUUCCAGAGUAUUUCUUCUGAAAAUACCGAUAACCAACAGCCACAGUGUCCUGUUUGCAAGGCUGAAAUCUCACAGAAAACGUUGAUUCCACUCUAUGGUCGCGGUCAAGCUACAAAAGCAUCUGAAGGCAAGGCCCCGAAUCUUGGUAUAAUCAUUCCGCAAAGGCCUCCUAGUCCGAGAUGCGGGGGUCACACACUUAUAGAAACUACCGAUUCAAUUCCAUCACAGCAACUUCACCAUCGAAAUCAUCCACUAGAGUCUCCAACACAUCAACCUUAUAUGACAGAACCUAUUCUAAGCCCCAGUGGCACGUCAACAGGGGAAAUUGUUUAUGCAAGGAUGUUUGGGAACUCAUCAACUACUUUAUAUACAUAUCCAAGUUCAUAUAACCUAGCAGGCAGCAACAGUCUAAGGUUAAGAAGGCAACUAUCACACGCUGAUAGAUCACUUAGCAGAGUCUGUUUUUUCCUAUGUUGUUGUUUAGUAACAUGUCUUCUUUUGUUCUGAUCAUCUUCUACGCUUAUUAUAAAAGUACUCAGUACAGAAAUACAACAUAUGUCACUGAGGUUUUGCACUUUUGAUUGCCAGUAUUGCAGAACAAUGUUCCGUUCUAUCAUGGGAGGAAUUAAUCCAAACUUUGGGCAAGUGUGAGGGGAUUAAAUUUUUAAGGAAACAUAAUUUUUGGUGGGCUCGGAACUUUUCUGUUAAUACUUUGAUUGCAGGAAUAACAAAUUAAAGAAUUGAAUUAUAUUUUUGUUUCAUCUUA